AUGGCGUCUCGUGUAUUUGCUAACACUUUGAGAGCAUUCAACAGACUUUCUGUUGCUGCUGUUCCAAGAAUUGCACCAAGAACUUCGGUUAGAUUUGCUUCUGCUUUCGACAGAUCCAAACCACAUGUCAACAUUGGUACUAUUGGUCACGUCGAUCAUGGUAAGACUACCUUGACUGCUGCAAUCACCAAGGUCUUAGCUGAUCAAGGUGGUGCUGAUUUCUUAGAUUAUGCAUCUAUUGACAAGGCUCCUGAAGAAAGAGCAAGAGGUAUUACUAUCUCUACUGCUCACGUUGAGUAUGAAACCCCAAACAGACAUUAUUCUCAUGUCGAUUGUCCUGGCCAUCAAGAUUAUAUUAAGAAUAUGAUUACUGGUGCUGCACAAAUGGAUGGUGCUAUUAUUGUUGUUGCUGCUACUGAUGGUCAAAUGCCACAAACUAAGGAACAUUUAUUAUUAGCAAGACAAGUUGGUGUUCAACAUUUAGUUGUCUUUGUUAAUAAAUGUGACACCAUUGAUGACCCAGAAAUGUUGGAAUUAGUUGAAAUGGAAAUGAGAGAACUAUUGUCUGAAUAUGGUUUUGAUGGUGAUAACACUCCAGUUAUUAUGGGUUCUGCAUUGAUGGCUUUAGAAGACAAGAGACCUGAAGUUGGUAAGGAAUCUAUUUUAAAGUUAAUGGAAGCUGUUGACACAUGGAUUCCAACCCCAGAGAGAGAUUUAGAAAAACCAUUUUUGUUACCUAUUGAUGAAGUUUUCUCAAUCUCUGGUAGAGGUACUGUCGUUUCUGGUACUGUCGAAAGAGGUACUUUGAAGAAGGGUGAAGAAGUUGAAAUUGUUGGUGGUAAGGAUGGUUCUAUUAAAACUACUGUCACAGGUAUUGAAAUGUAUCACAAGGAAUUAGACCAAGCGCAAGCAGGUGAUACUCCAGGUAUUUUAUUAAGAGGUGUCAAGAGAGACCAAAUCAAGAGAGGUCAAAUUUUAGCAAAGCCAGAUUCCGUUAAGGCAUACAAGAAGUUCUUGGCUUCCCUUUAUAUCUUAACCAAGGAAGAAGGUGGUAGACAUACACCAUUCUCUGAAAACUACAGACCACAAAUGUACAUCAGAACUACCAAUGUUAACGUUACUUUGAAGUUCCCAGACACUGAAGAAGAUCACUCCAAGCAAGUUGCACCAGGUGACAACACCGAAAUGCUUGUUGAAUUAUUGUACCCAGUCGUCUUAGAGGUUGGUCAAAGAUUCAACUUGAGAGAAUCCGGUAAGACUGUUGGAACUGGUAUGAUCACCAGAGUUUACGAAGAGUAA